UUUAAUGGAACACAACGAGCACGGAUGUUGUUGAUGGCAGGAAAUUACACUGAUUUUAAUUACUUGUUAGCACAAAUUAAAAGCAAGCAACACGAACCGAAAAACUAUUUUAUGGAAGCGUCUCGGUUCCAUUGGAAACCCAAUGAUCCAGAAAUUGUAUCCGACGUUCUCUUUGCAAUCGCGAACGUCAUUAGUUUUGCACGAACCACCUACCUCAUGCCAGCUUUUGAGGUUCUCGGACCAUUGCAGAUAUCUUUGGGGAGAAUGGUAGGAGAUAUAACCCGCUUUAUGGUGCUCUUUGCCCUCGUACUAUUCGCCUUUAUGGUAGGCCUACACAAUCUUUAUUGGUAUUAUGGUGCGCAAAAGUUUAAGAUGUCUUUGAACGGCCAGUCUGUGUAUGUACAUGCUGCUGGUGCAUUUCAGGGAUUAGGACAUACAUUCUACAGUCUAUUUUGGUCAAUGUUCAGCCAAAUCAACAUCAAUGAGAUCAGUGUCAAAACACCUGAUGUCGAAGGACUUCGUCAGUGCAUCUUAAUUGACAAUGAUCGCAACAAAAUAGUCUGUACUGAAGACGCUACAAACAAAACAACUGCAGAACUGCUGGCAUCUUUAUGGUCAACUGGUACUGGUAAAGAACCGGUAGAGAAAAGCACGGCCAUAGUAGAAAGCGUCGGCAUGUGUUUAUUUGGCAUCUAUCAUGUGGUCAUAAUUAUUGUUCUAAUCAAUAUGUUGAUUGCAAUGAUGAGCCAUUCGUUUGAAGACAUUCAG